AUGACGACGAUCAUAGAUUUUCCGCCAUUCUACACACAGCAGCCAAACGUUGAGACGCUGAGUCAGCAGCUACAGCUCUGGUCGCAGCAUAUCCUCAAAGUAUGCAAGCAGCGGCGGCAAUUUCAGCUCUCUAUGAGUGAUGACAUCUGGACUAACGAGAAGAUACAGCGUACGAGGGUAAUUCUUCUGUCAACAGUCAUUUGUUACUAUCUACUGAUAAGCACAGGGUUGGCCACCUACACAGAUACCACCAAGGAGAGCGUAUGGGUUUACUGGCGCACGCUCGCAGAGUGGGCAGCUGUUUUGUAUGAUCACGUAGACGGUACAGCUCAGUUAAACACACCACUGACUUACUACGAGCUCACGGAGGGUGAUUAUAGCCAUCUCAGCGAGUUAAAUGGGCUACCCACUCCAAUACUGAGAUCAGCGAUAAACAUACUCGUUAAACAAAACAAAGCAGUCACUAUCAAAACAUCAAACGGUGAAGGAGUAAAAUUUAUCUAA